AUGCCACGACUCGCCUUGUUCUGUUCCGAUCCUCCAGACGGUCGCCUCCACAGACGACAUUAUGACAGUCCAGACUCCAGCUCAUCACAGGAACGCUUCGAACAUCCCCAUAACACGCUCAUAAUCACCGUUCGGCGCCCGCCCCUCGUCGAGGCGGACUUCCGCUACCUCAGGGAUAGCCCACCGGGCCUCAAGACGCGUCGUGCGACGGAGCUCGAUUGGAGUCCCGACGAGAUAGAUGAGUUUGGCGCGGGUGCACCAGGGACGGUGGCGCGUGGAUUCAGGCCACGCAUGCCGAUGGAGGCGCCUUUGCUCGGUCAGCGGCUGACGUACGGGUUCACGUUCAUCUGCAAUCGCGCGGAACUGGAGCGUGUGACCACGGCACUCUCUCGGCUGCGCACCCUGGAACGCACUCGCGGAGAGAAGAUGGAGUUUGAGAACUCUGGGCUGGGAGGGGACGUUGUGAACGGCACUGAGCGCAGAGGAUGGCUUCGCGACGACCCGGCUCCGCCUCUGGACGACCUCCUGGCGAUACAGAAGCAUCCCUUCAAUGUGCGGUACCUGGUCAUGGGACUGGUCGGACAGGGGCUCCUACUGGAAUGCGAAGUGACAAACCUCUUCCAUCUGCUGCUUCCCGUCCACAAGCACCACCGACCUACCAUCCUGCGGGCCCUCUUCCGACUCGACCGUCGAGUCCUCGUAGGCAGCGGGCUAGCCAAACAAGUGGGUGCACUGACACGACACCUCGGCGACCCCGGAAGAGAAAUACACUCGAUGCAAAGCCUCAAAGUGGGCAACCAGUAG